UUUGUAAAUCAUUGCUAUUAUCCUUAAUUUGUUAUUUUCUUAAAAUCAUGGACUAUUAAUGGAAAUUUGUCUACAAAAUAAAAUAAAAUAAAAUAAGAAUGAGGGCCAUAUUUAUACCUUACUCUGAUGUACCCUGUCUCCUCUUCUUUAAACCCUAGACCCUAAUUCUCUGCCUCUUUCACCACCUCCUCCAUAAGCGGCUGCAACUCGUUGGAGGAUAAUCUGAAAGAAUCAAGAGAAUGUUAGUGCUUUUUGAAACCCCCGCGGGUUUUGCCCUUUUUAAAGUAUUGGAUGAAGGAAAGCUCUCAAAAGUUGAUGAUCUGUGGAAGGACUUCUCAUCUGCGGAUGCAGCCAGACAGGUGGUAAAGCUAAAAGCCUUUUCCAAGUUUGAAAACACAUCAGAAGCACUCUCAGCAGCUACCCUGUUAAUCGACAGCAAGCCCAGCAAAGGUCUGCGCAAGUUCUUGCGUUCUCAUUGUGAUGGCGAGACAUUGGCUGUUGCAGACUCCAAACUUGGAAACGCCAUCAAGGAAAAACUACAAAUCGAAUGUGUUCACAACCACACUGUCAUGGAACUUAUGAGAGGAGUCAGAAGUCAAUUGACAGAACUCAUAACCGGUUUAGGCGCACAAGAUUUAGCCCCAAUGAGCUUGGGUUUAUCUCACAGUUUGUCUAGAUACAAACUUAAGUUCAGCCCAGAUAAAGUGGACACCAUGAUCAUUCAAGCUAUUGGCUUGUUAGAUGAUCUUGAUAAAGAGCUCAACACUUAUGCAAUGAGGGUGCGUGAAUGGUAUGGAUGGCAUUUUCCAGAACUUGCUAAAAUCGUACAAGACAAUAUCUUAUAUGCAAAGGCAGUCAAACUCAUGGGUUAUCGCACAAAUGCUGCAAAACUUGAUUUCUCUGAGAUACUACAAGAAGAGGUGGAGACAGAACUAAAAGAGGCAGCUGUAGUUUCCAUGGGAACUGAAGUGAGUGACCUUGACUUGGUCAACAUCAAGGACUUAUGUGACCAAGUGUUGUCUCUUUCAGAAUACAGAGCUCAACUUUAUGAUUAUUUGAAAAGCAGGAUGAAUACAAUUGCCCCUAAUUUAACUGCCAUUGUUGGAGAGCUUGUUGGAGCUCGAUUGAUUGCUCAUGGUGGUAGUUUGUUGAAUCUUGCAAAACAGCCUGGAAGUACAGUUCAGAUUCUUGGAGCUGAAAAGGCUCUUUUUAGGGCUUUGAAGACAAAACAUGCAACACCUAAAUAUGGUCUUAUUUAUCAUGCAAGUUUAAUAGGUCAAGCUGCACCAAAACAUAAGGGAAAGAUUUCACGUUCUCUUGCUGCUAAAACAGCUUUAGCAAUUCGAUAUGAUGCUCUUGGAGAUAGUCAAGAUAAUUCUAUGGGAAUGGAGAAUCGUCUCAAGCUUGAAGCAAGAUUGAGGAGUCUUGAAGGGCGAGAACUUGGGAAGUCUGCUGGAUCAACGAAAGGGAAGCCUAAGAUUGAGGUUUAUAAUAAGGAUCUCAAGAAAGGAGAUGGAGCUAUGAUCACUCCUGCAAAGACUUAUAAUGUGGCAGCAGAUUCUGUUCUUGGGAGGAUGGAAGCAGAGGCUGAGGAAGAUGAAGAGAUGGUGGCAGCCAUUGAUGAGGGAAAGAAAGAUAAAAAGAAGAAGAAAAAGAAGGAGGGUGUUGAAGAUGAGGUGGAGGGGAGUGAUGGAAAGAAAGAGAAAAAGAAGAAGAAAAAGAAGGGUGGUGAAGAUGAGGAAGUGGUGGUGGUGGUGAAUGAGGAAGAUGGUGAUAAAAAGAAAGAUAAAAAGAAAAAGAAAAAGAAAGAUGGUGAUGAUGAAGUGGAGAAGGAAGAGGAGGAGAAUGUUGAGAGCUCCGGCUGUCGCACACCUCACUGCAAUAUGAAGGUUAUCGCCGCAUAUUUGUUGGCCUUGUUGGGAGGUAACACAUCUCCAUCCGCUGAAGAUUUGAAGAAAAUCCUCGGUUCAGUUGGAGCUGAUGCUGAUGAAGAUAGAAUUGAAUUACUCUUGUCGGAGGUUAAGGGUAAAGAUAUCACCGAAUUGAUUGCAUCUGGAAGGGAGAAGUUGGCUUCAGUUCCUUCAGGUGGUGGUGGUGGUGUUGCAGUUGCCGCCACAGGUGGUGGUGGUGCUGCACCCGCCGCAGCUGCUGCAGCUGAGCCAAAGAAAGAGGAGAAAGUUGUAGAGAAAGAAGAGUCCGAUGAUGAUAUGGGAUUCAGUUUGUUUGACUGAGGAUGGUAUGAAGCAUGUUCUUUUGUGGUUUUUGGAUAUGAUUUUUUUGGUAGUGUUUUGUUAGUGUCAUCUUCAAAUGAAGAAUUUUGUAAGACCUUGCAAAAGUUUCUUUUUAGUUUUUAUACAUCAAAUGUUUUUUAAAAUAGUUUUAUAUGAUCUUUACUUUUGUUAAUUUGGAUGAUAAUGUUUAAUUAAGUCUACAAACAUUUAUGUAAGAAAGAACACAUUGUAUAAAAUAAGGAGACUUUAGUCUAUA